AACGAUAUAAGCCCCAACAAAUGCAGUCUUCUCGUGGAUGUUGCUAAUGCAAAACUGGCUAGAAUGGAGGAUGGGAGGUGAUGGAACUAUUACAUAUACUCCAAAUAAUUCCAUCAAGGCAUCCAAGAAGGGUAUCGACACCAUCAUCUUGCACCGUGAGUGCCCAAAUUAAAGGUGUUCACAUCCGCCAAUGGCGUACAAGAUGAAAGGCGUAUUCAAGGGCCUCAAGGUCAUCUCUCAGAUCUUCGUUGUAAAGGAGCAUCAGAUGGAGAUCGGUUAUCCGACUGAUGUGAAGCAUGUUGCGCACAUUGGUUGGGAUAGCCCAACCGGGAGUGCAGCUUCUCCUAGCUGGAUGAAUGACAUGAAGGGGUCACCAGACUUUUCAUCGCUGAGCAAUGGCGGACCCUCUGCACGAACAUCCUGGGCUUCUUCUCAAGAUUUUGAGGAGCCUCGAGAUAUAUCACCCUUUGGUAUAUUUUCCGAAAGUAGCGUUCAAGAAACAACCCAGUACCCUGACAUACCAAAGCCACCGAGGAAGUCAAGAAGGAAGAAAUCCAAGAAUGACUCGCCGAGGGCAUCCGCUAGAUCCUCAAGGUCAUCAAGAUCAAGGUCCAAAAGCUCAUUUUCAUCUACCGCUGACAGUAUCGGUGUUAAGGAUAUGCAACCAGAAAUCUAGAUUGUACAGAUCAUUCUUACUUAAGCUGCCCCGUCAGUAGUUGGCAUACACAAGGGUUCUGUUAAGUGGUUGAUUAGCUGUUGGGAUCCUUUUAUCUUUCUAGUUCAGAUAAAAUCAGUAGUAGAAAUGUCUAAUGCUUGAUGACCCAAUAUUAAACUCUCGAACCUACAUGAAAUGCCCAUGCAUGCCCAGCAAUUGUUUGCUUAGUUGAAAAACCAUAACUAAAAGUACUGUUUGCUGAUUCAUUGUAAGAGGAAAACACUGUUAAAUGGCUAGCAGGUGAUAUUAUGGAUUCUCAAACAAAAUUGUGAAGUUCUACUCACUGUGAAGAUAACUGCUGCAGUAGAGAAGAUUAUAAUGCCAAGUGUUAGAAGGCACAUACGACACAUGAUAUGGUCUUCUCAUACAUAUAUGAGAGGAAAAAAAAGGUUAACCACAAAUCAUUGGGAUGGCUAUUCACCGGUGCCGCUAGACUCAAGGCAGAACAAACAAUGGUAGUCACG